AUGGACUGGGAUGAACGCGCCCACGCUUCUCACUAUGCUGAGUCCCUUUCAUGGGCCCGACGAUUUAACAGCAUCAAGGGACCUCCAAUCGCGACCUGGGUUUCAACAUUUCGAGAUAAUCAGCCUUCAAGUGUUUUCGGCGAUAAUUGCGGGUCUUUCAAUUGGAGCUGCAGAGUCAAAUUCGAUGACGGUGUACAAUGGAUGGUACGGUUUGCAGUGCCUGGCCGGGUAAUGGAUGGUGAUGGAAAAAUUACCUACGAGGCUGCCACAAUGCAGUUUGUCAAAGAGAAGACGAACAUCCCUGUGCCAUCUGUUAUAGCAUGGGGACUCAGUCAUGAGAAUCCGCUUGGCCUGGGGGCGUUCAUCAUUAUGGAGUUUAUUGAGGGAGAACCUUUAGACAUGAUCUUAAGGCAAGGGACUGGCCCGGAAAAAGCUCACUCUCUCCGGUUGGACAUCAGUGAUGAAGAACUUGAGAAGAUAUACCGCCAGAUUGCCAAUUUUCUGUUGGACCUUUCGGCACAUGAUUUUCCGCGGAUGGGUUCGCUCUCCGGGGAUGCGGAUUUCAACAGUGUCAUUAAUUCGAGGCCAUUGACGCUGAAGAUGAAUGAUAUAGAGAGCCAUGGGGGCGUUCGCGUUGGUGGCCAUAUUCCCGCAACAUUCUCUUCAGCUACCAGCUAUUUUCAAUAUGUGGCGAAACAAGAUAUGCAGCAACUGUGGGAUCAACCGAAUUCGGUCGAUGAUAUGGAAGAUGCUCGUCGCAAAUAUCUCCAUAAUAAGAUACUUACGGCCCUUGUUCCCCGUUUCAUUGACAACAAGUAUGACCGUGGCCCUUUCAAGUUGAUUUGCGACGACUUCCGGUUUGGAAAUAUGCUCGUCAACAACGCACAGGAUCUAGAGAUAGUCGCUGUGCUAGACUGGGAAUGGGCGUACACAGCACCGUUUCAGAUGCUUUACUCACCCCCGCGGUGGCUACUUCUGAAGAAACCAUUUGAUUGGGAAGAUGAGGAUGUUUCCAAGUACAAUUCGCUGCUUAAGUUGUUUACUAAGGUGCUGGACGAGGAGCAGCAAAAAAGAGCCGAAAUUUGCUCAAUGCCCAGAAUGGCGGCCCUCAUGCGCGAAUCUAUGGAGGACGGAAGAUUCUGGUUCCACGAGUUAAUAUACUGCUGCUUCGAAUCGCCCGACAGCCGGGCUUGGCUUGCUCUUCGACAGCUUUUACCUUCUAUCGAUGAGCUCGCGACAGUUGCCGGCUCUGACGUUGAACUGUUCGUGAACAGGAAGAUGGAGCAGCUAAACCAGUAUAAUGUGGAAUGGACGGCAAUGAAAGAGGAGCUCGAUAGAAAGGAGGCGGAAUUCCAAGCGUUGAAGGCAAGAGUAGAGGAGGAUACAGUUUAG